GCUUGAACUGAUGGGACCUGACUGUGACCUCCAUGCACCCACAUAGCACGUGCACAUGCAUCAGGUACCUACUGUACCAGCGGCCAACAUGAGACCCCUCCGACUGCCGUGAAGGAGUACAUGUACCUACUGGCUACUGGUAGUGAGGUGCAGAGUGGAGAGAGUGCUCAGAGGGAGCGCAGAGCAGAGAGCAACAACAACAGCAGCAGUAGCAGUGGGAUCUGAGACCUGGAGAAGCUGCCGACUGCCCGCGCUGCACAGGACAGCCUUAGGUUUCUUGCUGUGCCUUCCGGUCUUGCUGGUACCUGAAACCACCAGCCACCGCGACGAAUCGACCACCGACAAGCCCGCCUGGGAGGUAUAUCCAAGACACAACACACACGCAGGCAACAGCGCGCAUCACCUCGCCACCUCUGCCGUCUCACCACCACGACCCUGUGCGGCGUCUCCAGCGGUGCCGUCAGCAACACCUACGACAUCGCCCCCAGGCACCCACUGCCUCCACUACCUGACUACCUACCUACUACCUACCUACCUUCCUUCCUACCUUACUGCCCUCUGGAACUCUGGAACAUACUCGCUCGCUCGUGAUGCACCGAAUCUCGCCGUCCAACACCCCGCUCUCAUCGAUUGUCUGCACAUGACAUGCCCGCCGGCAGCAUGUCGCUCUAUGAUGACCCAGAGCGCAGCCCGUUGGGCCAACGUGGCAUGCAUGUCUUACCUGCGUCCCAGUACCUCCAGGAGCGUCUGAGCGAGCGACGCGCGAGACAGCUGCGACCCAAACGGGCGCGCCACACGGACUGUGGGCCCCAGUCCCCACGAGGUCGCGACGACGACAUCUUCUUCGCCGAAGCCCGGGAAACGCGCGAUACCAGAAUGUACGACAGCUCCCCGCUCGUCGCUGCCAGUAGCAGAGCCUCAGAUGCGGGCACGCAGCAAAACGGCGACCGGCCGCGGCGGCGCACCGUGGGCUUGCGGGACAUGGACGAACAAAUGGAUCGUCUGCAAAAACAAAACUUUGCGUUGAAGCUGGAGCUCGAUCACCGGAGGGAGCAGACGCAGAAGUUGCAAGAGCGUAUGGGGUCCAUGCAGGAUCAGGUCGAGCGGGCAUUACUCAUGGAAGAUGAGCACAAGGAACUGCUGCGCAUCAACAGCGAGUUGGUGCAGGAGUUGGAGAAGCGCGACAGGGCCGUCGAGGAAGCGAUGGACCUCAUUUGCGAUCUGGAGGAUCAAGUGGGCGAGCUGCAGGAACACAGCAGCAACACCAGACCUUCCACAGCGCAUGCAGACUCAGGCUAUGCUGGAACGGAAGCGCUGGACCAGGACUCGCGCGGGUCGCCUCCGCGACCUGCUGUGGCGUCCAAGGCCGCCGUCGUCAACACUCAGCCGCCCUCCGCUCAGGCAUCUGCUGCCUCACACAACCUCCACGAUGCCUUGAACAUGCAGGCCACGGCCAAGCCUAAGAGGCAGCCUUCUGUCCUGAGUUCCAGACAGCCCAGCACCCAUGCCCUACGCAGCGUAUAUAUGGAAAACUCGAGGUCACUGCGCCCUGUGCAGAGCUUCCAGUCUCUGUUAGAAAGACAGGAUCAUAAGGUCGAAGAAGACAGUGACAAUCUGUCAAUCUCGCCUCGAUUAAGUGUGCUCAGUGAGAGCAGCUUCCCAUCCAUCUACAGCCCGAAGAAAGACCUCAGCCCGGAUAGGUACGAUUGGGAAGUAGCCGAUGAAGCAGGAGGACUGCCUGCACCACUGGGAUGUCCAGCACACAUGCGACAGGAUAGCAUCAAGCGCGUCAGUCAGUGGAUGUCGGCCCGCGAUGCUGUCGAAGCUACGCCGUCGAAGUCGAAUCGCAUAUCCUCACCUCUACAGGACGAGUCUGGUCGCCACAGCUCUGCCUCCUCACUGGGCCCGUAUCAGUCACUCAACGAUGCUUUAUCGUCAGGUGUGGAGCCAGUGGCUGCGCCGGCGCCACCAGCUGAUGUCGACCGGGAGCACCACCAGCAUCAUCUGCGAAAGCAAAAGUCAGGCAGACUUCGCACCCGACCUGUGAGCUAUCCAGUCAACGAGCUUCACAUGCCGCCCACACCGGACAGUGUCAGUACAAGAAUGCUUCGAGAGUCGCAUUCGUCUAUCGGCAAGGACAAGAGCCUGCUUGAUACCACCCCAGCGUUCGUGAAGGAUUAUAGCACCCUCGAGCCGGGACUGCGCACUGCGCCUAGACAGAUGCGAUCGUCGGUUGAGCUACGCACUGCAUAUAACAGUAACUUGCAGUUCCGCAGCACUGCGUUAGAUGGUCACCGACAGGAGGACAGCUCGGAUGAUGAAGAAUACAUUCGCCAGGAGCCCCCUUGUGGCGAAAAAUCAAAGGAUAGUACGUUCGCGUACGAUGACUUUCCCGAUGGCGGAUCGAUCACGAUGGGCACUCCCAGGAGGUUUCAGUCGCACGCACGACCGCCCGCCGACGUAAUGUUCAACCACAGCGACAUAUCCCCGACUUUGAAGCCUCCGGCGCCCGGACGGCGUAGGUCCAGCCAACAGACGAUUGGUGAGCCUGCGAAGUCAGGCGUGAGUGCGCAGCCAUGCCAUGAGGAUGGUGUACUUUCAGUUGAAGGCGUGGUCAGCCCACGAUCCGCUCGCUCUCAACGCUCCAACUCAUCUGGCAAUCGCACUGUCACGCUGGGUGACGAGCAGUCCAGCCGAACACUCUCUCCAGCAGCGUCCCGCGCGACUGCGGUGACAUCUCCGCGCAGCCGCACAUCCCCUUCACCAGCACGAACGCUCAGCAAAAAGAUGCCAAAAUUCAUCCGGCGUCUGAGCAACACGAUGCUGAGCGAAGGAUCACCUCUGCCGACCUUGACAUCGACUCCCUCGUCUGCAUAUGCCAACUCUGGUCCGCCAAGGCCUCGGACAAGCCACGCUGACCGCAUUCCACGAAAUAAUGGCGGUGCCACCAUGCCUAGACCGCCCAGUAGUCGCGAGAUCAGACCGCAGCCACCGAUAAAGGUUCUGAAGGAUAUGAAUGUGGUCAGGCCAGCAUCAGCUGCUGGAACAGAGCGAGAAAGACGCUCGCUAUUCCGACGUAGCAACAGCACCAAAAAGAAAGACCAAUCAGAUGGUUCAGCGUCUGAUACACAACAAAUGCGAGGUGUCGCAGUGAAGCGACGUGGCAGCAUUAGAGAUGUCGUCACCUCUCGACGACCAUGGCGGUAGAUCCGGACGGCAGGAAAAGCUCGCAUCACUUCCUAAUGGCCAUUUUGGCUUGAUUACUUCGAUGGGUGCUGUCCUAAUGCGAGAUAAAGAAUGGCAUGGUGGAACGAACGACUUUACGACAGGCUUACGGCUUUUUUUUCACGACGACAUGCAAACUGCAGCUGUUUCUGCUACUACGGUACUGUAUACUAGUCACGAUAUGUAAUCAUACCUGUAAUCAAGGAAGUUGCAGGAAACCAAUCAAUA